GACUCAGCUGGGAGAGGGCCGGAGAGGAAGGGGUUAACCCCAGGGCUCCUCCAGGCGCGGAGGGAUCCGGAGCCGAAGCCCGAGCGUGGUGCUGAGGCCGCCUAAGCAAAAAAAAUGUCCGCCUAAGGGAGACCCACAAGUUCUAUUCGGGGGCACAGCCAGCCCGCCCGGGGAGGAAGGGGCGGCCAGGCCCGAGAGCCCCCUCACCUGCCCUGAUCUGAGUCUCUGCGAGGAGGAAAGUGGAGAGAGAAGCCGGGAGGUGGAAGGGGAAGCCCAAGCCCGCUCUCCCGGCCAAAGUGAACUUCUAUCGGGGUGGUUGAAUGUGCAGAGGGAGCUGCAGGACCUGCUAGAAGUGACCGAAGAUGAAUUCUCAGCAGCAGCGAAUGGCGGCUAUAGGGACAGACAAGGAGCUGAGCGACCUGCUGGACUUCAGUGCGAUGUUUUCCCCACCUGUUAAUAGUGGGAAAACCAGACCAACAACCCUGGGAAGCAGUCAGUUCAGUGGAUCAGGUAUGGAUGAACGAGGAGGUACAACAUCUUGGGGAACGAGUGGUCAACCAAGCCCCUCCUAUGAUUCAUCUAGAGGUUUUGCAGACAGCCCUCAUUACAGUGAUCACUUGAAUGACAGUCGAUUAGGGGCCCACGAAGGCUUGUCCCCGACACCUUUCAUGAACUCAAAUCUGAUGGGAAAAACGUCAGAGAGAGGCUCAUUUCCCCUGUACAGCAGAGACACGGGAUUACCAGGCUGUCAAUCCAGUCUCCUACGACAAGAUAUAGGACUUGGGAGCCCAGCACAGCUAUCAUCUUCAGGAAAAGCCGGGACACCAUAUUAUUCCUUUUCUGCCACCAGUUCUCGAAGAAGACCAUUGCAUGACUCUUCAGCACUUGAUCCUUUGCAGGCGAAGAAAGUCAGAAAGGUGCCCCCUGGUUUGCCUUCUUCUGUAUAUGCACCAUCCCCGAAUUCGGAUGAUUUCAACCGAGAAUCUCCUAGUUACCCAUCUCCCAAACCACCAACCAGUAUGUUUGCUAGCACUUUCUUUAUGCAAGACGGGACCCACAAUUCUUCUGACCUUUGGAGUUCAUCAAAUGGGAUGAGCCAGCCUGGUUAUGGUGGAAUUCUGGGGACCUCCACUUCUCACAUGUCACAAUCCAGUAGUUAUGGCAGUCUACAUACACAUGACCGCUUGAGUUAUCCUCCACAUUCGGUCUCACCAACAGAUAUAAAUGCAAGUCUUCCUCCAAUGUCUAGCUUCCAUCGAGGCAGUACCAGCAGUUCACCUUAUGUUGCUGCCUCACACACUCCUCCCAUCAAUGGAUCAGAUAACAUUUUAGGAACCAGAGGGAAUGCUGCUGGAAGUUCACAGACAGGUGAUGCACUUGGCAAGGCUUUGGCAUCUAUUUAUUCUCCUGACCAUACCAGCAGUAGUUUCCCCUCAAAUCCAUCAACGCCGGUUGGAUCACCAUCACCUCUUACAGGUGCUAGCCAGUGGUCAAGACCUGGAGGCCAACCCCCCUCAUCUCCAAACUAUGAAAAUUCUCUCCACUCACUGAAAAAUCGAGUUGAGCAGCAACUUCACGAGCAUUUGCAAGAUGCAAUGUCCUUCUUAAAGGAUGUCUGUGAGCAGUCUCGAAUGGAGGAUCGCUUAGACAGACUGGAUGAUGCUAUCCACGUGCUACGGAAUCAUGCUGUGGGACCUUCUACCAGCCUUCCUGCUGGCCAUGGAGAUAUACAUAGUUUAUUGGGACCAUCCCAUAAUGCAUCACUUGGAAGCCUCAAUUCAAACUACGGAGGAUCAAGCCUCGUCACAAGCAGUAGAUCAGCAUCAAUGGUUGGAACUCAUCGGGAAGACUCCGUCAAUCUUAAUGGCAAUCAUUCAGUCCUGUCCAGUACCGUCCCUGCUUCAAGCACAGAUUUGAAUCACAAAACACAAGAAAAUUACAGGGGUGGCCUGCAGAGCCAAUCUGGGGCUGUUGGUCCAACAGAAAUCAAGUCUGAAAACAAGGAAAAGGAUGAAAAUCUCCAUGAACCCCCCUCCUCUGAUGACAUGAAAUCAGAUGAUGAAUCCUCUCAAAAAGAUAUCAAGGUUUCAUCUCGAGGCAGAACAAGCAGUACCAAUGAAGAUGAAGAUUUGAACCCAGAGCAGAAAGUAGAAAGGGAGAAGGAAAGGAGGAUGGCUAACAAUGCCAGGGAACGCUUGCGCGUGCGGGAUAUUAAUGAGGCAUUCAAAGAACUAGGAAGAAUGUGUCAGCUUCACUUAAAGAGUGAAAAACCCCAGACAAAGCUCCUCAUUCUUCACCAGGCCGUGGCAGUCAUCCUCAGUCUAGAACAGCAAGUCCGAGAGAGGAACCUAAACCCCAAAGCAGCCUGCCUUAAGAGAAGGGAAGAAGAAAAAGUUUCUGCCGUAUCGGCAGAGCCACCAACCACACUGCCAGGAACCCAUCCUGGGCUUAGUGAAACUACCAACCCUAUGGGUCAUAUGUAAACACCGGCCAGAGUUCCAGAAUGAUUGGUAGGCUAGAUAGAAGGUGACCUCUCCUCACAAGGACACAGACAACUCAGAUUAUCUGAAGACACAAAUCUGACAGGAGAAAAAAAGCAAAACAAAAACACUUGAAGCAAGAAAUUCAAAUGCAAUCUUAUGAUCAAAGCAACUGGUCAACACCUGCAUCAGAAGAAGUGAAGACAGAAAGAAAGCUCAUCAGAUAGAACUUCAGCCCGUCAAAUGUUCAGAACAUAUCAUUCUGUCGUGAGCAGUGUGUCGCUUCUGCACAAUCAGAGACUGUCUCGAUCUCUCCACUCGCCGUGGAAGUUGCCUUGUGCCUAAACUGAAUUGACAAAUGCAUUGUAACUACAAAUUUUAUUUAUUGUUAUGGAACUGUAAAGGUCUACAUAUAAAGGGAAAAGUUGAUAUGGAAAGCUGAUCUGCACUCGGCUGAUGCCAGCAUUUAUAAAAGCCGUUCCCAUGCAGAGAACAAAGCAGUGACAACCAUUGACCCUUAGCAUUCCCAGUAUACCUAUUAGUGUCUUAAAAAAGGGAGGGAAAAGGCUUCUAUUGCCCUCUCCAUUCCUUUUGCCAUAUGAAUAGUGUUUUCCAUGCAACAGGAAAAUAUUCUUCAAUAGAGCUUUUUUUUUUCUUUCUCCCUGUCUUUUUUCCCUUGUUAUUUUCCUCCCUCUAUGGGCAUUGUGUUUGGUCUCUGGUAAUCUGAACAGUUAUAGUCACAGUCCAAACCCCUCCCUGCCAAGAUCUAAGCAUUUUAUGUUAGAGUAGAGAGCAGAGACCAACUAUGACCCUUGCCUUGCUUAGGUUUUAGAAGGGGUAUUUUAUCCCUGACACCUUCCUUAGAUAAAUUGCUUUAUUUCUAAUUAUAAAACCUUUCAGGCUUCUAGGUUUCAUAGUAAAGCUUGUAAUAAGGUGAAGUGUAAAUUCCAGGGAAAGAAUCUACUUUGUUAGAAUUUGCUUUGUUUUCCAAGCAGUAAGUACUACAUAUAUAGUACAUGUAAAGUGUUAGCUGUAAGUAAGCACAAAAUGCAUUUAAAUACAAAGGAGAUUUUCAGGCUGUGAUUACGGUGAACUCAAGGUAGCCCAGGAGUCACCAUGGCAGGUAGCAUGAUGAAGGAACAUACCACUCUGAGCUAAUUACCCAAUGGAAUAUAAGAGCAGUGGUCACUGGUGUUUGUUUCCAGAUCGUAGCCUUUACUUUCUCUGUCAUUUGGAUGGCUGGUUAGUCGGGAGGAGUUCAGUGGGUGACUCAAUCAACUGCAGACCAACUGCCCCUAUCCCAAGGAGAUGAGCCAGAUUAGCAUUAAACUAUUACAUAUUAGCACAUCUUAAUAGUGUACAUUGAGGUGUCCCCAGCCCCACCCUAUCACUGAUCUAUGGAGAUUUUUCCCCUCAAUAAUAAUCCCUUUGAACUUCCACAAAACCUGUCUUCCACUGCAACAACCCUGGGAGAAAAAAACAAUGCUAAAUAAGGUUGUCUUGGCAAAUAAUUUUUUAUUGCCAAUACCAACAGUGGCAAUCAGCUCACAGAAGAAAUGAACUAAAUCACUUUGUAAUUCAGAGAUUUCAGUUCAUUUGAAAGAACAAAAAUAGUUGUUUAAAAAAAAACAGGCAAACAGAGAACUUUAGAUCCUCCGUAUAGGAUGGUUCCUAACAAAUCAGUCAUUUGUGGACUUAGUGAACUCUUUUGGUUACUUUAAUUUGCAAAUACUGUCAAAUAACACCUGACUCUCUAUCUGUGGCCUUGUUCUUCAUUUCAGUGUUAAUCAGCUAAACAGAAGUUGUUGCUUAUGAUGUGUGAGUGACCACAUGCCACUGCCUGGCCUUUUUUCUUCGAAGCUUGUUGUCUUUUUGGCUAUAUUAGACUUUGCAGUAUGCCCAGAAGCUUUCCUUCAUAAAAUAGAAAGAAAAAAACAUUUGGCUUAUUUUUCACUGUAGCUAGUCUUUUAUACAAUAAUCUUGUAAGAAAAUUUCUUGAAUUCUAAAUAUUACUCUUUCUAGAUUUUUGAAAUCGAAAAAGUUUUCAGUAAAAAGUUUCUUACUUUAUUUUACUAUAUUAGGUAGUAAAAAAUGUAGGGUUAUUUACCAUAACCUGUUCAUUAAUAUCAGAAAUUUACAAUAGCAUUUUAAGACCAUAGUAGGGUUCUAGCAUACCGUGUAGUACCUAUGGAGUAUUGUAAGAGCUAAUUGUCCGAGAUGAAUUGCUUCUCAUCUUGUUCUCCAGUUUCCAUUGUUGGUUUAUUGCAGAUUUGUACCCUGUGUCAAAUUUCAAGGUAUUAUUGAUAAACCUUUUCAACCAGCAGCAAGAAGUUCAAAAACUUUUCUGUCACUGUAACAGAAAACACAAUAUGUAUAUAACAUUUAUGUAGCAAUAAAUGUGCCAUCUUUUUUUUAA